AUGUAUGCACGUUUAGUACAAGGUUACGGUUUGGAAUAUGAAGUGGCACAACAUUUGGCCAAAUUGUACGGGGAUCGUGCAUUCGAAAUUGCAAAAAUGGCUUCUCUCGCUGGCAAUCGUGUAUAUUCUGAUUUUCCCUUUGUCGAUGCGGAAGUACGUUACGGUGUUCGUGAAUAUGCUUGCAAUGCCGUUGAUAUGAUAGCACGACGUUUACGUUUAUCAUUUUUAAAUGUUCAGGCGGCCCAAGUAUCGUUACCCAGAAUUUGCGAUAUUAUGGCUGAAGAUUUGGACUGGUCCAACGAAGAAAAGAAGUUAUAG